UUACUUUUCUUUCAAAGAAUCUUUUUUUUUUCUAUUACGAAAAUGUCAAAUGAAAUAAAACUAGCUCUCAAAGAAGCUCGAGAGACAUUUAAAGAAAACAAUUAUAUAGAUGUAAUUAAGAAAUGUAAAAAAAUAUUAAAAAAAGAUCAAAAUAAUUAUGCCGCACUUAUGUUAUUGGCGGCUGCAAUGAAAGAAAUUGAUGAAUAUAAAUCACAAGUUCCAUUAGUUCUCCAAAGAGGUAUACAAAUUCAAGCAGACAAUCCAUUAGCUUGGCAUGGUUUAGUAGCCUAUUAUGAAAAAAAUUUGGACAAUAAUGAUUGUUAUAAUCAACUAUUAUUAGCUUACUGUAAACUUUUACAGAUAGAAAGCGAUUCUAAAUUUACAUAUAUUUCAAAUAAACUCUUAGAAUUUUCCUUUCAACUGAAAGAUAUUGAAACCAUAAAUCAGUGUAUUGAACAUUUAAGUGAAUUACGAAAAAAUUUGGAUGAUAACAGAGUUAAAAUGAUUGAUAAAGCUCUUGGAUGUCUAUUAUUAGAUAAUUUUUAUAAUCUUGAUAAAUAUCAAAAUUUAUUAAAAUGUAUCUUCAAAUCUGUAAUCAAUGAUCUUGAUGCAACUAAACAACGAAAUUUUUAUAAGAAAUAUUUAAAAAUAUUAUACGACAAAGAUGAAUUAAAUAAUUUAAUAAACGAAGCUGUGAACAUGCAUCAGCAGUUUCCAGAAGACGUGUUACCCUUAGAAUAUAUAUGUCGUGUUUACUGUGAGCAGAAUAUCUUGAAUAAAGAUUUUACUGACGUUGAUAUAACAAAAUUUUAUGAAUGUCUUUUAAAAUUGAACGAAGAAUCUGAAACUGCUAAAAUUGUUAAAGCAUUACAUUUAAUAAAAUCAAAUAAUUUGACUACAGCCCGAGAAAUAUUAAAAGAUAUACUUACAUUGAAACCGUCCUCGAUAUAUGGUUGGAUGGCAUUAAGUGAAAUAAGUAGGAGACUCCAUUGCUGGGAAGAUGCAGAAGUUGCUGCCAAACGAGUAUUAGAUAUAAAUGAAUGUAAAAUAAAAGAUAAAUUAUUAUACAAAAUGGAAUUAACGUUAGUUGAAGCAAUGAGUAGAACUAAUGAUAAAAAUAAAUGGGAAACUGCUUUUCAGAUGUGUAAAGACAUACGCCCUUCAACGCAAUUGGAUCUGAUUCGCGCACGUCUGAAUAUAUUGUUAAAUCAGUCAGAUGUACAUAUUCUUUUGGACAAUUUAGAAUUAAAUCUCGAAAUUAAAACACAUGCUAGUAUUCUUCGAGCAUUGUAUUUAAAACAAAACAAACAAUACGAGGAAGCUGUGAAUAUACUGGAUUCAGUCUUGGAGGCUCAGUCUUCUGAAGCGUGGUUACUUCUCGGUAUAAUCUAUUGGGAAAUGGCAGAAUAUAAUUACAGCUUAAUGGCUUUUUUAAAUGGAAUAAAAGCCGAUCGUUUUAAUUGGAAGUGUCUAAUUUACUUGGGACAUUAUUACCGUGAACAUGGUAACGAUAUGGAACGUUCUAGAAAAUGUUAUCAAACUGCAUUACAAAUCAACCCAAAUUCCGAAGAAGCUGGCAUUGGUUUAAGUACAGCAUAUAGGCUUCUUAAAAAUCAAGAUGCAAAUAUAAAAUUGUUACAAAUGCUAACAGUACAAGGCAGCGGUCCUAGAUGGGCAUGGCUACAACUCGGAUUACAAUAUCUUGAUCAAGGAAAUGCGGAGCAAGCUAUUAAAGCAUUCCAACAUGUUAUUAGAGCUGAUUCUAGUGACAGCCACUGUUGGGAAUCAUUAGCGGAUGCAUAUUUUAUACGAGGUGCAUAUACAUCAGCAUUAAAAUCUUAUCAACGAGCAUUAGAAUUAUGUCCAAAAUCAUUAUAUCCAAUGAUACAAUUAGCAAAUAUAAAAUUGAUUAUUGGACAGUAUAAAGAAGCAAAGAAAGAUUUUGAAUGUAUAUUAAUAAAUGAAUCAUGCUAUAUCCCUGCUUUAAAAGGAUUGGCUGAAGCUUGUUUAGCACUAGCAAAAAAUUGUACUGCCAAACAACUAUUGGGUCGUGCUAAUGACUAUUUGCAACAAGCAAUGGAUAAUUUAACUAUAGCCAUUAAAGAAUGUAAAGAUACAUCUUGUCUUUGGAAGUUACUUGGUGAUGUGUGUUACAGAGUUGCAACACUACCAGAAAAGUACAGUCAUUUAAAAAUAUCAUCUAUUUUAUUUAAACAUGAGAGUGUUGAAAAUAUUAUAUUGCUUAAACGAUUAGACAUAUUCACAUUAUCAAUAAGGUGUUACUGCUGUGCAAUAUCUCUUUCUCCAAAAUCAGCUUCAUUAUGGCAUGAUUUGGUUUUAUGUUAUUUAAUGCAACUACAGCAUGAUCCAUCAGUGAAUCAUAAAAAUCUUGCUAGUAAAUGUCUAGCUGCUGCAAAAUAUGCUGUUAAAUUAUGUCCUUCAACAUGGAUACAUUGGAAUCUUUUGGGUGUUAUUUGUAUGUCGCCAUACAUAAGGAAUUAUGCAUUAGCACAACAUGCUUACAUCAUGGCAAUUGAUAAGGAAUUAAAUAAUGCUAUAGUAUGGUGUAAUUUGGGAACAUUGUAUUUAUAUAUAGGAAAUUUUUAUAAAGCAAAUGAGGCUUAUUCUCGAGCACAGCGUGCAGAUCCAGCCUAUAUAAAUAGUUGGAUAGGACAAGCCUCAAUUGCCGAAAUGAUGCAACGAAAAGAAACAAUGGAUUUAUUUAGACAUGCAAUACAAUUAGGAUAUCAUAAUCAAGCUGCCGUAGGGUAUGCCCAUUGGAUACUUGAUGCGAUUUUAAAUUCUAGUACCAGAAAGAAUACUUUAUAUUUCGAAAGUGUUUCUAUCACAUAUUCUGCUACUAAUGUUAUGACGUUGUAUGUAGAGAAUCGUCCAAAUGAUUGUUACGCUCGAAAUGCAUAUGGAUUAUUGUUAGAAAGACAGAAACUUUAUAAAUCAGCUGCUGAACAAUUUGCCGUCGCCGUAUGUAAUAGUACUAAAAACGAAAAAGAUUUAGUUUCUAUAAAUUUAGCACGUGUACUGAUACGACUCAAAAAAUAUAACGAAGCAAUAAAAUUAUGUCGGACGGUUACAAAUGUCAAUUAUAAUUCUCAAUGCCAUUUAGCGUUAGCUUUAUUCAAAGCUGCGCAGUAUGAAGAAGCAUACGUUACAUAUGAAACAACUCUGCAUUCUUUUGCGGAUACUGAAAUAGAAAAAUCGUAUACAUUGUGUGCAAUGGCGGCAAUAGCAUAUACUUUUCAAAGGGUAGAUGAUGCAAAAACUUUGCUUUUCCAAUGCAUGCAAUUACAACGUCCAGUUAUAACAAGUCUUUUGGCAGCUGCAUCGUUAGGAAUAUUACAUGGAGAUAUUAAUUUAACUACAUUGGUAUUAAACGAAUUAAAGUUAUAUGAAACUCAUCCUAAAUAUGGUCAUCACAUUCUAAAUCUAUUUGUAUACUUUUAUUUAAUUGGAAAUGAUAUUAAAAAGGCCAUUACUAUACUCUCUAAAGCAAUUUUUAAGUACCCUGGUAAUGUGAAAUACUGGACACAAUUACUUAGAAUAUUAUUGGAAACUGAUUUACAGCUAUUUAGCAGAUGUGCUCAAAAAGUACUGUUCCUCAAUAGGAAUAUUAUUACUGAAAAUCACGCACAUGUUGCAUGUGCUUUGUCUUUCAGUUGUUUCAUACAAAAUACAGGACCAACAAGUAUUAGAUCUAUGCAAAAACUUUUAUUCACUUAUCCUGCUAACAUUGAAAGCUGGGCAAUGUUCAUUGCAGCAUUUUUGUCAAGAUCUACUAUUAAAAAUUGUAAAGUUGACAUCGAGUGGCUUUCAGCAUUUAUAACUAUUGUACAACAAAAUUAUCAGUCUACAAGUUUGAUGACAAAAUGGUUGAAGGACAGUAAAAUAAAAUUAAGACAGUUAAAUUAAGUGAAAAUUAAAUGAUAUUAAAUAAAUUAAGUGAUUAUUUACAGACUAAUAAAAUAUGUAAUGUAUAUA